AUGGACGAGGGCACGAAAUACCGAGUGCCCAUCGGCGACGCCUGCGUGUCUAUGCGCGUGUGCUUUGACUCGCUGUGCUUCUCGUCGUCAGAGCAGCGGCUCGCCGACGAGGAGGACGCCGCCGUCGCUGCCGCCGCCGCCGCCGCAUCGUCGACGCAGCUGCCGACGGACGUCGCCGCCAGCGGCAUCAUCGCCACGACCGCUACCACCACGCAAGUCACGCAGCAGCAAGUGCCGCACGUCGGCGGUGCCGGUGCCAGCGUGAUGAUGGCAGGCACCAUGGCAGGCACCAUGAGGGAGCUCCAGGAGCUGCUGCGCGUCAAGGACGAGCGGAUCGCCGAGCUGGAGGCCGUUGUCGGUUGCCGCGACGCCGAGAUCCAGGAGCUGCGCAGCCACCUGGACAAGUUCCUGAGCGUGUUGCCGUUCAGCGCGGCGCCGCCGCUCACGCCGACGAAGCCGCGUACGCGCGACCGUGCCCAGGGCAUAUCCGCGGAGCCGCCGCUCCAGGAGCUCGCGCCACUCGCGGUGGUCGACAAGAGCGACAGAUCUCGCGAGUUGAUCAAGACUGCCAUUCUGGACAACGACUUCAUGAAAAAUUUGGAACUUACACAGAUCCGGGAGAUUGUUGAUUGCAUGUAUCCUGUUACAUUUCCAGCUGGUUCGAUAAUUAUACAAGAAGGAGAUGUCGGCUCUACUGUCUUUGUUAUGGAGGAGGGUAAGGUCGAGGUGUCGAGAGACGGCAAAUAUCUGAGCACAUUGCAACAUGGUAAGGUGCUAGGUGAACUCGCGAUUCUUUACAAUUGCAAGAGGACAGCGACGAUCACUGCUGCGACUGAUUGCCAAUUAUGGGCCAUCGACCGACAAUGCUUUCAAACCAUUAUGAUGAGGACCGGCCUCUCGAGGCAGGCCGAAUACACGGAUUUCUUAAAGAGUGUGCCAAUCUUCAAAAACUUGCCCGAGGAAACUCUAAUAAAAAUUUCGGACGUUUUGGAAGAGACAUUUUACAACAAUGGGGAUUAUAUAAUAAGACAAGGAGCGAGGGGUGACACAUUCUUCAUUAUCAGUAGGGGACAAGUACGCGUGACAAUAAAGCAGCCCGAUACAACAGAAGAGAAAUAUAUUAGAACUUUAGGGAAGGGCGACUUUUUUGGCGAAAAAGCUUUACAGGGAGAUGAUCUCAGAACUGCUAAUAUUAUCGCUGACGAUCCAGAAGGAGUGAACUGUUUGGUAAUAGACCGUGAAACGUUUAACCAAUUAAUCUCAUCCUUAGACGAAAUCCGAACGCGAUACAGGGACGAGUUGGUGGAGCGUAGGAGAUUAAAUGAGGAAUUCCGGGACGUACGGUUACAAGACCUUCGGACUAUUGCAACUCUCGGCGUGGGUGGUUUCGGAAGAGUUGAAUUAGUUCAAAUUAACGGAGACAGCACACGAUCGUUCGCUCUCAAGCAAAUGAAGAAGGCACAGAUCGUCGAGACACGACAGCAACAGCACAUUAUGUCAGAGAAGAGGAUCAUGAGCGAAGCGGAUUGCGAUUUCGUAGUAAAGCUUUUCAAGACCUUCAAAGACAGAAAGUACCUCUAUAUGCUGAUGGAAGCCUGCUUGGGUGGCGAACUGUGGACCGUUCUCAGGGACAAGGGGUACUUCGAUGAUAGUACAACCCGCUUUUAUACCGCAUGCGUCGUGGAAGCAUUCGAUUAUCUGCACUCCAGAAAUAUUAUCUAUAGGGAUCUUAAGCCAGAAAACUUACUUUUGGAUAAUCAAGGUUAUGUUAAGCUUGUGGAUUUUGGCUUUGCUAAACGAUUGGAUAACGGAAGGAAAACGUGGACUUUCUGCGGUACACCAGAGUACGUAGCACCAGAAGUCAUUCUAAAUAAAGGUCAUGACAUUAGUGCCGAUUAUUGGUCGCUUGGCGUCCUCAUGUUUGAGUUGCUAACUGGUACGCCUCCUUUUACCGGCGCUGAUCCAAUGAAGACAUAUAACAUUAUCUUAAAAGGAAUCGACGCUAUAGAAUUUCCCAGAUCGAUUACACGUAAUGCAAUGGCACUCAUCAAAAAGCUUUGCAGGGAUAAUCCAGCGGAACGUCUUGGAUAUCAAAGAGGCGGCAUCAGUGAAAUACAAAAACACAAAUGGUUCGAUGGCUUUAACUGGGAAGGUCUAAAAACGAGAACGCUGGAACCCCCGAUAUUACCACGAGUUCAAAACGCUAUAGACACUACGAAUUUCGAUGCUUAUCCAGCUGAUUCCGAUCCACCGCCGUCCGAUGACAUUUCUGGUUGGGAUAAUGAUUUUUAACGGAAAAAAAAAGAGAGGGCUUCUAUUUAACAUUCGCGUUUUAACUAUCUAGCAGGAAAUUAUAGGGCAUAAUAAUCUCUCGGCUAUACGAGAUAUAAUUGGCGACACCUGCAUUUAUUUAUAUUUCUCUCAUACUACGUGAUAUACAGAUUUCAGUCGCAUUUUAUCAUAUUCUUACAUGUUUUGUCAUGUUUCGCAGUAUAAUUAAUCGUGAUUCGAACUAGGGAUACUACACUGUGAUAAAAAAUUUAGAAUUUUUAUGAAUUUUGGAUAUUAGCAAAAAUUUUAAAAAUUUUAGAGCUGCAAAUUUUUGUAUUUAUGUUACAUCUGGCAGGUUCUAGAAGCAUCUCCAGUGUUACAUAUCGUAAUAGGAUACGCAUGCAAGUGUCAAGUGCCAUUAUUACCUCGAAGAGGUAAACUCAUACAUGUUUAUACUUGUGCUCAGAAACGCGGUCACACGCUAUAGAAACAGUCAGCUCAAGUCCAAGGGACCUCUUGCCAUCCAUUUAACUUGUCAAAAUGUGCAUAUAUCGAUCAGAUGUUGAAUUUUUUAUGGCAAGUUCAUUGUUGUUUGAUUUACUUUAUAGAGUUUAUUGUAAUAAUUAUAUUUUAAUUAAUUAUAUAUAACAUGACUCUUGUAAAUAAUGAAUUAUAAAUAUCAUAUAAAUUUUAAAUAUGAAAUGUAUAUCAUGCAAUAUACAUAAAUAAAAGUUGUAUUAAUAACAACUGCAGGUAAGGCUGCAAGAACCAAUCAAACUUUUGUUUUCUUCAGUGACUUAUAUCACCUAGUGCCUGUUCAAACAGUAAAAAAUAAAUAAAAAGAAGAAAAAUAUAAUUAUAUUUGCAGAAAACAUUACCUUAUUAUAAAUAAUAUAGCAGAACGCUUGAAAGAUUUGUCAAAUAUAUGUAUUUUAUACAUAUGCAUAUUGACUUUCUUAUAAUAUUUAAAAAGAAUAAAUUUGGCUGGUUCUGAGCUUUAAUUAUAUCAUACAUACAUAUAUAUAUAUGUGUGUAUGUGUGUGUGUGUGUGUGUGUGUGUGUGCACGUAUGUAUGUAUAUAUAUCCGUUGAUUUUCCUUUUAUGUAUAAAUUUCUUUGUAUCCUGGAAGAGAUUGCAAAUGAAAAGUGAAAAUGCCAUUAGAAUGAUGUUCCAAUACUUUAAUAUCGUUAUAUUUUUCUUGUAUUUAGGUAUAGUAAAUUGUUAUUCUUGAAAUAUGUUAGAAAAGAAAUGGCAUAAGACAUUAAUUACAUAAAAAUUCUUUUUUUAUAUUUUUUGAAUGAUGAAAAAAGAACCAGGUUUAAAGGUAUAAUUAUUAGUGAAAGAGAAAAAA